GAUUUCUUCUAAUAGUCCUCUGAUAGUGCCCGCCGCGACAGUUUCCUGCAGGCGGCGGCGGCCUGGAGGUCUGAGGUGGUUUGCGGCUCUGAUCUGUGACAGAUCACCUCCGAGCUAAACCUGCAAAACCUCAAUUUACUCAGAGCCUCGUUGGCUAGCUUACUCUUUUGACUUGAGUCAAGUUAAGUAUGAAAAGCGGGUUAAUACGACAUAUUUUAACUGUCAUCAUCUGUAAACAGACUUGUAUCUAGAAAGUCCAGGUUAAUUAAUCCUGAAUCUGGAAAACCAUGGACGUCUGCACUAAGCCUUUGUGCUACGAGCUGCUGGCAGAAGUAGGAGAAGGCUCCUACGGUAAGGUGUAUAAAGCCAGAGAGGUCGGGGGGAAACAGCGCCUCGUGGCGGUGAAGAAAUUCAACAUCCGCGGGGACUCGUGGGAGACCGGGAUCCCUGCGUUCAUGAUCCGCGAGGUGGCGCUGCUGCGUAAAAUGAAGUACUUCAACCAUCCUAACAUAGUCGAGCUGUUGGAGGCCUCUGCUGUGCCAGUGGGCAGGAGCUUGGACCUCACUCUGGUGCUGGAAUACAUUGACCAGGACCUGUCCACCUACCUCUCCAAGGCUCCUGCUUCUGGACUGAGCCGUGACUGUAUUAAGGAUGUGAUGCAGCAGCUGUUGCAUGGAUUGGACUUCCUGCACACAAACAUGGUGCUGCACCGUGACCUGAAACCAGAAAACAUUCUGGUCAGCAGCCGUGGAGAAGUCAAGAUCGCAGACUUUGGACUGGCACGCAUCUACACCUUCAAUAUUGCUCUCACUCCAGGUGUGGUGACGCUGUGGUACAGAGCUCCCGAGGUGCUGCUGAACUCUGUCUACAUGUCCACAGUGGACAUAUGGAGCGCCGGCUGCAUCUUUGCUGAGCUCUUCCUCUUGAGACCACUGUUUCAGGGAUACACGGAGGUGCAGCAGCUGCAAAAAAUCUUUGAUGUGACUGGUUUGCCCAGCGAAGAGGACUGGCCCAAGGACAGCCCCAUCGCAUUCACAGUCAACUGGGGACCGAAAAGGUCCUGCACCAAGCUGCUGCACAACCUGGACCCAGACGAGAACGACCUGCUAUCUCAAUGUUUGGCAUUCAGACCGACCAGUCGCAUCUCAGCUGCCAAAGCCCUGGCCCAUCCUUUCUUCAUGAAGCACUGAAGCUUUGGAAGAACAGAAACAUCAGCUCCUCCUGCUUCUACACUGUCAGCUGUACUAACUAGUCAUGUGCCAUAAUAUCCGUAUCGUACACUUUGCAUCAUGAGAAACUGUGGUUGGGAUUGAGGAAACACCUUUGCACCUUUUGAGCAUUAGUGUAUAAAAAAACGCAUUGUGCCUGACUUGUCGAACAUGAAUUGGAUGGUUCAAAACACAGUGAAAUAUAUUUAGAUAACAUUUUCAAAUAUGUAUUUGAUAAACAAAACAUGAGACAUUUUUGAAGAAGUUUGAUUUACUUAUAAUUUGACAAGCAUUCAUAUGAACGUAGUAAAAGUAUGUUUUUUUUUUACUACUACUGCUACUUGUUGUUGUGGAGUUACCAUAAAAGAUAACAACUCUGUUUUUCUGUCAACUACCAACGACACUAUUAUGAGCACCUUAAAGUUAACGCAUUUGUUUAAUGUUUUUUCACCUAAUCUCUUUUGUUCUAGGCUCGUAUAUGAAGUCCUUUAUUUUGUUAUUGUGGUGAAGAUAUUUAUGGUGUGAUCAAUGGGAUGGGUUGCACCUGUAUUUAUGUUUGUUUUGACAGAUUGUACCAGAUAUUUUUUUCUACAUGAGUUGCACUGUUCA